AUGACAGAGCCGUUCUUCACUGCAGAUGCAUGCGGCGGCGGGCUAACGUGCAGAUGUUAGCGAGCUAACAUGGACCUUGGAUCGAUGCUGUACAACAGUUUUAACAAUAUAACAUGGAGCACAACGACACUACCCUUGGACAGACUAAUUAGUUCCUACAGACUGCCACAGAUCGUCAAGUUGGACAGCGGAGAAUCGGUGGAAGGGUUGAGAGAAAAUGACUACCUCUUGAUUCAUUCAUGCCGGCAGUGGACCACAAUUACCGCCCAUAGCCUAGAGGAGGGCCAUUAUGUCAUCGGACCGAAAAUCGAGAUCCCUGUCCAUUAUGAGGGUCAGUUUAAGCUGCUCGAGCAGGACAGGGACAUUAAGGAGCCUGUGCAGUACUACAACAGUGUGGAGGAGGUGGCCAAAGCUUUUCCUGAGCGAGUGUAUGUCAUGGAGGAAAUAUCCUUCAAUUUCAAGAUGGCAUCAGGAGAAUCUAAUGAGGACACUGAAGUGUACAACAUCACACUAAGCACAGGGGAUGAGCUGACGUUAAUGGGCCAGGCCGAGCUCCUCUAUGCCAAAUCAUCUAGGGAAAAGUCACGCUUCAACACUAUUUUCAAGCGCAUUGGCAAGCUCAACUCCAUCAGCAAGCUUGGCCGUGGGAAGAUGCCCUGCCUUAUCUGCAUGAACCACCGCACCAAUGAGAGCAUCAGCCUGCCUUUCCAGUGCCGCGGCCGCUUCAGCACCUGCUCCCCGCUGGAGCUGCAGAUGCAGGAAGGAGAACAUACUAUUCGCACAAUCGUGGAGAAGACCAGGUUACCUGUGAAUGUCAUGGUGCCCAGCAGCCCACCACGUAAUCCUCACGACCUUCAUUUGAUCCGCGAAGGCCACAGAUACAAGCUGGUCAACAUCCAGACAAAGACAGUGGUGGUGUGUUGUGCGUUACGUUCGAACAAAAUACUGCCAGUGCACUUCCCCUUACAUGUGUCCACGGCACUGCCACGUUUACUGGUGCCCGAAGGGCUGCUUCAAGGAGAAUCCUGGUUCGAGACGGUGGUCCACCGAUGGUUCACUUACUGCCAGGAACAGUUCGACAUUGAUGACUACUCUAGGGCUGUCCGGGACGUGCGGGUGGACUGGAUUGAGGAUGGCAAGAGUCCGAAAAAAAGUAGUGCAGGUGGAACAGGAAGUGGGAGCGCUAUCUGCAAUAGCAGUGGAAGCGGGAGCAAUGGCUGCCCGUCACAUUUACAUCUGCCAAGUUCUCUGAGCUCAGCUCGAGAUGAGCUCACGCAGUCAUUUCAUCGCCUGUCGGUAUGUGUCUACGGAAACAAUCUCCAUGGGAACAGUGAGGUGAAUCUUCAGGGUUGCGUGAGCCUAUGUGGAGAUUGUGCACCAGCAGAACCGCCUGAUGCAGAUUAUCUGUUCCCUGAACUGCAGGAGAAUUCUUCAGGCUCUCUAAAAUCAGAUGUGCCCUAUGAGGAGCUUUGGUUGGAUCAUGUUAAGAAUGCUGGACCUGUUCUAGACCACAACGAGGGUGUCCGAGGAAACUCACUGUCCUCUGGCUGCACGACUGCACUGCCAUACCCUAAAGCAGGUCCUACAAGUGCUCUGCUCAGCGCAGAUGUCAAUCUACCUCCACCUCCGGUGCCUCCAAAGUCUGAAGCUGUGAAGGAGGAGUGCCGGUUGUUGAACGCUCCACCAAUUCCACCGCGCAGCUCUAAACAGGCAGGCUCAAGCAGUGCCACAGUGCCAUACCCUUCUGCCAAGCCACGUCAGAAAGAUACCCGCUCUCCAAGCCCAACGCUGUCCUAUUACUCGUCUGGUUUGCACAGCAUAGGUGGAGAGGGCGAGUCUCAGAUCGAGUCAGAUGAUCAGAACCAUGCUUGUUACCCAUGUAACUGGAUCAGACCAGAUGCCAGUGAAAGCUCCAAGCCUCUCCCUUGCCUCAAUCCGUCAGUUAAUGCCUCUUUCUCUCGCCUUUCCUGGCCAAACGAUUUCUGCGGAGCUGACUCGUAUAAAGGUGAGGACUUCCAAUCUCUCCACUGCAGGAGUUACUCUAGCUAUCCUCGAAAGAGGACUCCUGGAACUCCUAAGGCUUGUCCCUCAGGUUUGUUAGACUUUGAUAAGCGAGCAAAUUUUGAAGGGAAGGCUGUGUCCUCCAAGGUCCAGCAGGUUACCCAGUCUGCCCAGUUUUGCACCAAAUCCACCAGCUACAACAUGGAUAUGUGCAGAGACAAACCCACAGACGAAUGUAUCACUAAGCAAAGCCAGUCCUGCCCCAUCUUGCCUCCAAGAACCCCUAAAUGUACUGAUGCAAAGAAAGAUGCAGAAGCCGCCACUACAGAUACGGCCGAUGCAGACGCCGUGGAACUUGAGUCCAAAAGCUGCUCGCCUGAUGGGCCACAUCCUGGCACUACAGAUGUAUUCUCUGUUUCUCAUCCUGUAGCUACAGGGUUGUCUUGGCAGCCACCAAGCAAUCUAUCAGGUAUCUCUAUUGAGGAGAUUUCUAAGUCACUACGGUUCAUUGGUCUGUCAGAAGAUGUUGUUUCUUUGUUUGUGCAAGAAAAAAUUGAUGGAAAUCUGCUCCUGCAGUUAACGGAGGAGAUCCUGUCAGAAGAUUUUAAGCUAAGCAAACUUCAAGUGAAGAAACUCAUGCAGUUUAUUAACGGCUGGAGGCCCAAAAUGUAAGGCUGAACAAGUAAGCCGGUUCAGAGCAAAACAAAUGCAAUGUGCUGCAGUGAUGCAACCACAAAUAUUGGCCUUCAGUAUUGCAAUUGACAAGUUUUGUAUCUCAAUGCUAUGCACAGUCUUGUAAUGAUUUUAAUAGCCAUUUUGUUUAAUAUAUACAUGUAUAUAAAUCUAUAUUGCUUUGUGUAUUAACCUGUACCCAUCUCCAUGUAAUCUCUUUGACCUUACGGUACCUGCACAACAGACUUUAUUUGCUUAAACCCAAAGCCUUUGAAAAACCUGAAGAUAUUAGACCCAAUCCAACUGUGGCCUACGUUCCUUUGGUUGUUGAUCAAUAAAAACGAUUAACUUGA